AUGACGAGGUUCACAGACGCCACCAUGGAAAUACCCGACUUAAAUCCUGCCGUCCACCUACACGCUCUUAAAGCCGGACUCAGGCCCGGAAAGUUCAGAGAAAUAAUCGCGGUUACCAAGCCAAAAACACUGGACGAAUUUCGAGAAAGGGCAGCCGGACAAAUGGAGAUCGAAGAACUUCGAGAGGCCGACAAAUCCGAAAGGAGACCAAGAAAAGAGGAUGACAGGCCCUCCAGAUCGGCGAGCGCCAGAGACCUCGGUAAACCAUUCAAGCUCACUCCAAAAUUCGAUAACUACACCAGAUUCAAUACGAAGAGAGAAAAGAUAAUCAAGGAGAUACUCAACGCCAAGAUCAUAAAGCCGCCGACCCGAGCAGGGAGCUACCAAGAUCAGCGAUUCGUUGACAAGAGCAAGCACUGUGCCUUCCACCAGAAAUAUGGUCAUACAACGGACGAAUGCGUGAUAGCCAAAGAUCUCCUGGAGAGAUUAGCACGACAGGGCCUCUUGGACAAAUACAUAGAGGGCCGAAAACGCAGGGAAAGCAACAAAGAAGAUCAGCAAACCUCAGCCAGUAAAGAAACCAACAAAUGGUCAAACAACAAUCCACCUAAGGGAAUAAUAAACUACAUAUCUGGAGGAUUCGCUGGCGGUGGCGAAACAAGCUCGGCACGAAAACGGAGCUAUCGUGCGAUGCUAGCAAUCGAAGGAACGACACUACCAAGCAACAGAGCUAUUCAGGAUUUAGAAAUCACUUUUAACCAAGCUGAUAUAUGCUCGGCCGCUCCUCACGCAGACGACCCAGUAGUAAUUUCCAUUCAAACAGGUGACCUUCUGGUAAGAAAAGUCCUCUUGGACCCAGGUAGUAGUGCCGACGUUCUUUUCCAUUCUACUUUCUUAAAAAUGAAUCUAUCUGAAAAACUAAUACAGCCCUCAUCCGGAGAAUUAGUAGGGUUCUCUGGCGAGAGAGUACCGAUCAAAGGGUACAUAUGGCUAAGGACGACGAUGGGAAACAACCCAUUAGCAAAAAUCUUAGACAUACAGUACCUGAUAGUCGACUGUCCAAGUCCCUACAAUAUCAUCCUUGGACGACCUGCUCUGAAUAUGUUCAGGGCAGUCGUAUCUACUUACCAUCUAUGCGUUAAGUUUCAGGCACAGGAUAACAAGAUAGCAACGAUACAUUCGGACCGACAACAAGCUCGGCAAUGCUACAACGCUAGCUUAAAAAGAUCGGACGUGAUCCGGAAACAAGGGGAGGUCCACUCAAUAAAUAGCUCAGAAAUCUUGUCUUUGGCCGAGCUUGACCCUCGAGGGGAUGUACAGGAAAGGCCUCAGCCGGCAGAUGAGCUACACGAAAUCCAGCUGACAAAGGUGCCGGGUCAGGUAACCUACAUCGGCCAGGCGCUGAGGGGCCAACAAAGGUCGGAACUGAUCAAGUUGUUACAGGACAACGCUGACCUAUUCGCCUGGACCCCGACAGAUAUGCCUGGCAUUAGCCCAGAAAUCAUCUGUCACAAGCUGGCCACGAACAACGCAUGCCGACCUAUAGCCCAGAAGAAGCGAAACCUCGGCAACGAGAAAUCAAAGGCAGCCUUGGAAGAAACAGAGAAACUCCUCAAAGCUAACUUCAUUAAGGAAAUCCGCUUCACCACAUGGCUCUCGAACGUGGUAAUGGUAAGGAAAAGUUCAGGUAAGUGGCGCAUGUGCGUCGACUUUUCAGAUUUGAACAAAGCAUGUCCCAAGGACGCUUACCCCCUUCCAUGCAUCGAUAAACUUGUGGACAACGCAUCAGGUUUUAACAGCUUGAGCUUCAUGGAUGCAUACUCUGGGUACAACCAGAUUCUAAUGCACCCAGAAGAUCAAAGCAAAACAGCAUUUAUAACUGAACAUGGUAACUUCUGUUAUAGAGUUAUGCCGUUUGGCCUAAAGAAUGCAGGUGCAACCUACCAGCGUCUGAUGGACAAAGUAUUCCGACACCAAAUAGGUCGGAACAUCGAAAUCUAUGUAGACGAUAUGGUCGCCAAGUCAACCAAAGAUCGGUCACACUGUGACGACCUCAGGGAAGUAUUUGAACAGAUCCGGGCAUUCAAUAUGAGAUUGAAUCCAGAGAAAUGCGCUUUUGGGGUACAAGGAGGAAAAUUCCUAGGCUUCAUGCUAACGUCCAGAGGAAUCGAAGCAAACCCUGAGAAAUGCAAGGCUAUACUCAACAUGACAAGCCCCAAGACAAUAAAGGAGGUACAACAACUAGCAGGAAGGAUAGCGGCCCUCUCCCGAUUCUUACCCGCAGUAGCAACUCGGUCACAUCUUUUCUUUCAGACGAUCUUAAAAAACAAACAGUUCCAGUGGACACCCGAAUGCGAGAUGGCGUUCGCCGAACUUAAGACCCUUCUAUCGUCACCUCCCGUUCUGCAAAGACCUGAAAUCGGCAAGCCACUGUACCUAUACCUAUCUGUUUCCGAUCAUUCCAUAAGCUCGGCUCUCGUCCUUGAGACGGGAAGAAUCCAACAGCCAGUGUAUUUCGUAAGCAGAGUAAUGCAGCCAACGGAACAAAGGUAUCCGAAGAUAGAACAGCUCGCCCUUGCACUCGUGGCUACGGCGAGGAGACUAAGACCCUACUUCCAAAGCCACACAAUAGUGGUAAGAACGAAUCACCCGUUAAGGCAAGUAUUAACCAAACCGGAGCUGGCAGGACGAUUGACCAAAUGGUCAAUCGAGCUAUCGGAGUUUGAUAUUCAAUUUCAGACCAGAUCGGCCCUCAAAGCACAAAUUCUCGCCGACUUUAUCACGGAAAUGACCUCGGAUGAGCACAUUACAACAUGGGAGUUACAUGUGGACGGGGCCUCAAGCCGAGAAGGGAGCGGGGCUGGCAUAAUCCUAAAAGAGGGAAAUAAGGUGAUAGCCGAGCAGUCUCUCCAGUUUCAUUUUUCGGCAAGCAACAAUCAAGCCGAGUAUGAAGCCCUAAUAGCAGGACUCAAGCUCGCCCUGGGUCACAAAGCAACGAACUUAACGGCACAUUGCGAUUCUCUCCUGGUGGUCCAACAAAUCCGAGGAGAAUUCCAGGUAAAAGAUCCCUUGCUAGAGCGAUACUGGCUCAUAGCAAAGGAUCUAAUUUCAAAUUUCAAUUCAUUCACCAUAAUACAUGUACACAGAGAACAAAAUGUCAGGGCAGACAUACUUUCUAAGCUCGCCGCCACAAGGGCGGAAACACAAACAUCAACAUUAUCACAACACACACUCACCAAACCGAGCAUCAAACUAUUAUCUAUUGAAAGCAUUAACCACCUCCAUGAUUGGAGGAGACCUUUUCUUGAAUAUAUCUGUACAGGUACCAUACCCAGAGACGAGCUUCAUCCUCAACAGUUCAGGCGCAAGGCAAGCUUCUACACACGAAUAUCAGGGGAGCUAUACAGGCGAGGUUUCUCAUAG